UACUCGGCUCCUCAGCUAGCUAGCAAAGGGAGAAAUUCCGAACAAGCAAAGCCGUGAUACUCCAAUGCCGGGCUGCCAAGACCAGCAGCACUUGAAGAAGAGUUCCAUCUACAGAGUCCCUCCCCACAUCUUACAGCGUAAAAAAGAAGCCUUCCAGCCCAAGUUGGUGUCGUUCGGGCCGUACCAUCACGGCGAGCGUGACCUGAUGCCGAUGGAGGCUCACAAGCAACGCGCUCUCCGCCAAUUCCUAAGUAGAACCCGGAAAACUCAAGACGAAAUCUCCAAGUGCGUGGCGCGUGUGGCGCAAGAGCUGCAGGGCUCGUACGAUUCACUAGACCCUAAAUGGCAAGGCCAAGACAACACCAAGGAAUUCGUGCAGCUGAUGAUCUUGGACGGAUGUUUCAUGCUUGAAAUACUGGCCUCCCCGAAGUCUUCGCAAUUAUUUGGUGAUCUUGGUUAUCCCCAGGAUGACCCCAUCUUCAGCGACCAUGGGAAUGUCUGUGUCAUGCCGCUAAUCAACAGCGAUAUGCUGUUACUGGAAAAUCAGUUGCCGAUGCAGCUUUUACUGGAGCUCAGUGUCAUCGCAACGGGGAAGGCCAAGGGAGAGAUCUUUAAGUUGUUGAAGGAGAUGAUAAUCAAGUUCUGUCUACGUGAUGCUUAUAAACACGAUCCUACUAGUACUAGCGGCAAUACCCUGCACGUGCUAGACCUUUGCCGCAAGAGCCUGAUUUACAUACCAGCUGGUCACAAACCCGGCAAACAUCACGACGUUGAAAAGGGCAGCAACCAUGACUCGGGAGUAAACACUAGCGCCUACAGUGUCCUCCGCUCGGCCAUGGAGCUGGGUGAGGCCGGCAUCCGCUUCAGGAAAAGCAAGACCAAUAGCCUUAGGGACAUAUCCUUCGGCUUCCCCGGAACCCUGAGUCUCCCUGAGAUCGCAAUUGAUGACGACACCGAAUCAAUGUUCCUCAACCUCAUAGCGUUCGAGUGUUGCCACGUCGGUGCUGGCCAUGAAAUCAUUUCCUUCAUCUGUUUCAUGGAUCGAAUCAUCGACGAUGGCAAGGACAUCGGCCUCCUAAGAGACAAAAGGAUCCUGCGCAACCUCACUGGCAGCGACGCCGACGCCGCUGAAUUGUUUAAUAGGAUGUCCAAGGACUUGACGUUCGAUCGGAAUGACAAACAGCUUCAGGAGGUGUGUGCUGCCAUGGUUAAGUACAGCAGUAGAUAUGUCAACAAAUGCUGGGGCAUCCUAUAUGGAACCUAUCUGAAGCAUCCGUGGGCCAUUAUCUCUACCCUUGCCGCCAUCAUCAUCUUCGUCCUCACUGCAAUGGAGGCUUCCUACGCCGUCAUGAGUUAUCAUAAGGGUAAAUGAGUGAUAUCUCCUAAACAAGAUAAACUUUUUCCCAAAAAUAAAAGAAAAAAAUAAUGAGAUCUUAUUAUCAAUCUUAAUUUUUAUGGUUAAAUUUACAUUAAAAAAAAGCCAGUAAUUAAGUUACGAAUAAAACCAUGAUUUUAUUAUUGUGAUGGUUUUGAGUGUUGAGUGUGUGUAUACAUAUACACACACACAUAUAUAUGUAUACAUACAGUGUUGUCUAAUAUUGGGUUGCCCAAGGUCUAGGGCGAGCUGUUUGAACGAGGUUGUGUUUGUGAUUCUAUGAAGAAUAGUGUUUUGAAGCUUAA